CAAUUAUCCUGGUUUUUGUAUUUUUAACGGCUUUCACCUAUGUCAUAAGGGCUUUGAUCUAUCGAUUCUAAUUUCAAUGCAGACAUAGCUUCUUCAAAACAAAGCAAGCCAUGGUGGAAGGAACUACGAGUCGGGAUCGAUCCAACCAACAGGAUGUUGCCAGAAAUGCACGCCCAACGAAAGGAAGACGGAAUCCUUAUACCCAGAUUGCAUGUGAGGAAUGCCGAAGACGAAAAAUCAAAUGUAACGGCGACAAGCCGUGCCGUCGAUGUGGGAAUUUGAAACUGAACUGCCACUACUUCGCAAAUAUCAAAGCGCCUGAACAAAUAGUCUUGAGUCAUAGUGAGGAUAGGGAUGUGGCGGCGUUGAAGCUACAAAUUUCUUCACUUCAAGUGGAACUACAGUCUGUUUUAGCACAAGUGCGACUGUCCAAACAUGGUCGAAGCCCUGGGAGUGACGACGCAAAUAGUCCUCCAGAAUCAGCUCUAAAACAGUCAUCUUCGAUCAGCAUCUCCAACACAGAUGCCAACGAUACCCUACGCCACCGAGACUGCCUCUAUCAUGGUCCUGCCAGUGCGGUUUUUCCGUACGAUAUCGUUCGGAAUAACCUACAAUCGAUGGGCAUCAUGGACUCACCCGCCAGCGCUAGCAAUGCCCUGGAGUUUUAUUCUGCCAAUGAAUUAAAAACAACGCAAAAAGAGCAGGACCCUCUUAGGCUUUUGUCAAGAGGAGAAGCCCUACAUUUAUGCGAGUUGUUUGCAGAAGAAGCCAAUAUUAUGUACCCUUUUUUAGAUAUGGACAAGCUGAAGAGUCAAAUUGAGAUCAUCUUCUCAAAUACACACUCAAAGGUAACAAUCCCAACCCAGAAAUAUGAGGGUUUAUCAGUGGAUGAACUGGACGUUGUAAUCUUGAUGCUAGCGGUGUCCCUCGUGAUAGAGAGCGGAGGGGAAAGUGAAGUUGGCAGAUCUCUGUUUCUCUUUACAAAGGACCGAUUGAAAAAUAAAAUUUGGUCUCCGAUAACUCUGACAGGUAUCAAGUCUCUUGUUCUGGCAGGCCGGUAUUACUUUUAUUCAUACGAAGACGAGAGACAGGCGUGGAGGACAAUUGGUAUCGCAGCGCGACAAUGCCUUGAAUUGGGGUUGCAUCGUACAGAGGCGUACUCAACAAUGAGUCCAGAGGACGCAGACUCUGCACGAAUCCUGUUUUGGUCUAUUUUUACUUUGGAUCGUCGUUGGAGUUUUGGAACCGGACUUCCUUUUGCAAUUCAAGAAGAAGACAUCGAUUCAUCUCUUCCAGAGCCAGACGCGACUUGUUUCUAUCUGAAGACCAUGAUUCCUUACUGUCGCAUUGGUUCAAGGGUAUGGUUCUCUGGUCUCGGUACCGGUAACCUCUCCAAGCUGCGAGCCGACUCCAUGAAGCAACUCGACCUACAGGUUCUAGAGUGGCAAAAACAUAUUCCAGAAAUACUGCAAUGCCCGAACCCAUACAGUACUGACAGUGACAAAAGACCGGGCCUGAGAAAUCUCCAGGUUCAGAUCUACGUCCGUACUAACAUCAUGCGGGUUCUGGUUUAUCGUCCAGUGUUAUAUAGUGCUCAGAACAUCGCGGAAAACAAAAAGCUUGCCGAUCUAUGCUUAUACUUGGCCAAAGACACUAUACGCGUAUUAUAUCAAAUGAACAAGAUAAAUGGUAUAUACGACACUCGACAAGCCUUGUUUAGCUUUUUUAUUUUGUCGUCGUUUGCCGUCAUCUUAUUAGCAUGUUUUCAUGCACCAGCCGACUUCUGUGCCUGUGUUCAAGAGGAGGUAUCCAUGGCUCUUGAACUUAUUCGAGGUCUUGACGCGAAAUCCCGGGUAGCCAAACGGUUGUGGAAAGUUAUUGAAGAUCUUCGAGACGUUGGUGAAGGACUAGGGAUUUUCUUUCCUCCCAAAACCUCUGGACAGCAAGGCAAAGAUCAUGCGGCUCCUGAAGUUCACGAAUCCCUUGGUAGUCAUCAACCUCCAGCUCUGGUCUUCCGCGGAGAUGAAAUGCCAGCGACAGGAUUGCAAAUGAGUGAUGAAUUGACUGGCCUUCUUGAAGCGACUGGAGUAUACAAUUUCCCGCCUGCCGGCUCGGUAGAAGAGGACCAUAGUAGUCUUUCCAGCCAUUCCAAUAAGCAAUCAGAUAUAAACCAAGCUUCGGUACGUGGGUGGGGUAAUGUUGAUGAACUAUUUGAAAUCAUGGACCCUCUGUUUCAGAACUCAUAG